UUGAAGCCCAAUGGCUUAAAUGUCUGCAAGAUUGAAGGAAGGAAGAAUGCUUUUACAACCAUACUACAUCUCUGGCUGCAUACAGCAGCAGACAGCAUGAUUCUUGAAUGAAGAGUGAAAGUCUAAAACGCAUUUAGGUUUGUCAGCAAAUAUACUGAUAACUAGUUUUCCCUUGUGUCUUUGUUGUCAGUUUUCAUUUUAUCUGACGCUUGAGAGCGCCGCACUAUAGUAGAGCGAAGCUUGUGACGUCAUUGAAAACAGGAGCCAAAAUGGCAGCGACCAUGAGCAACGUGGAUGAAAUUCGGAAUAGAGUGAUAUUAGGUGAAUUUGAUAUAAAAAAUGUUCAUACAACAGAUUACCCUGGCAAUUAUCCUGGCUACGAUGACACAUGGAACUUGCAGAAAUUUCAAAAGAAUUUCAGAAUCGACGUGGUGCAAAUGGAUGAGACUUCUCUGGAGUUCGACAUGGUGGGCAUAGAUGCUGCUCUCGCCAAUGCCUUUCGAAGGAUAUUGCUUGCAGAGGUCCCCACUAUGGCUGUCGAGAAGGUGCUUAUUUACAACAACACAUCUAUCAUUCAGGAUGAGAUCCUUGCCCACAGGCUGGGCUUGAUCCCUAUCAAGGCUGACCCACGACUGUUCGAGUACAGAAGCGCAGGGGACGAGGAAGGCACAGAAAUCGACACAAUUCAACUUCAACUGAAGAUCAAAUGCACCAGGAACCCCAGAGCCACCAAAGACUCAGCUGACCCCCGUGAACUUUACCUGAAUCACAUGGUGUACUCUAAGGACAUGAAGUGGGCCCCUAUUGGGAACCAAGCUGAUGUGUUUGCAGAUGCCAACAUCGGUCCAGUACAUGGGGACAUCCUUCUGGCGCAGCUCCGGCCUGGACAGGAGCUGGAUAUAGUCAUGCACUGUGUGAAAGGCAUUGGUCAAGACCACGCCAAGUUUUCACCUGUAGCUACAGCCAGUUACAGACUCCUUCCUGAGAUCACACUAAUGGAAACAGUGGAGGGGGAGAAAGCAGAGCGACUAAAACGCUGCUUCUCACCUGGAGUCAUUGAAGUGGAGAACCAUGGGGGAAAGGUUGUUGCCAAGGUGGUGAACAGCCGCUUAGAUACCUGCAGUAGGGAGGUUCUCCGACAUGAUGACCUCAAGAAUGCUGUGAAACUUGCAAGAGUGCGGGACCAUUUUAUCUUUUCUGUAGAAUCCACUGGCAUCCUGGCACCUGAUGUCCUGGUCACAGAGGCCAUCAAAGUUCUCAUGACCAAGUGUCAGCGAUUCCUCUGUGAACUCGAUUCCACAGAGAUGGAAUAAGAGCUAUUAAGUUGGACCAAAUGGAAAUACCCACUACAGGGGUUGGAUAUAUGUGUGUGUUGAGCCGGUGUGCAACAUGCUUUGGAUAGUAGAAUACAACACCAGUUGGAAUAGCAGAACAAUGCGGGAAUGCUGAGGAUGCUUUAUUUUAGAUUAACUAGACUAUGGAUUCGUUUGUUCAAAUAUGUACCCAGCAUGACUUUGUUUGUCAUCCUCAAAUAGUUGUGCUACUUAUAUAUUUUGUAUUCUGAUUCAUGCUAAUGUCACUUGCAAAUCCUUAUGGCUCACCCAUGUCAUUAGCCAAUUUGUAGAAUUCUGCCUGAAUUCUGUCCUUUUGGGUAUACAAUAAAAAUAGGUUGAUGUCUUUACUGAAUGAAGAUGGAUUUAGAACUAAUUUGUCAAUGGCGGGAUUGUCUCUUCUCAACCAGGUGCACAGUUAUGUGUUGUGUUCUGUAUGGACAUGUUUCAUGAAACAAUAAAGGUAAAGCAUAUUACUCUAAA